AAACAGCCAAUCAUAUCCUCGCUGUGUACCCACGGUAGCCGUUUCUACGCAAAAGCUCAACAUACUCCCCUCUGUCGAGCCCCUUUGACGGUGCUCUAUCUCGGUCAGCCAGCUCUUUUGCUUGCUUUGUUGCAGUGUUGCCGUAGCUUUCACCAAGCAAGGUGCGCAGAACACCAAAUUGAUAGCUUCGUGUACGAAUUGUAUCCUCCCAUCCUGUUGUCGUAUCUCAUCAUGUCGGAGUCUCUGAGAAGGUCUAGUCGAAGGACAAUCAAGAAAACUACCUUUAAGGUGGGCGAUAUCGUGGAGGUAGCCAAAGUGGGUAUCAUUCUAAGAGGCAGGCUGGUCGCUCAGGCUGAUAGCACUCAAUCGAACCAGCCACGAUGGAGAGUUGCCUUUGACGAUGACAACUUUCCCGAAGAAGAACUCUUCGAGUCAUCCAUUGGACAAGUGGUGCCCAGUGACACGGAGUCGUCACCGUCACAGCCGCCUCCUCCUGUGGCUGCUACUGCUCCUGCUGCAGCUCCUCCUCCAAGUCCCUCCCCCGCAUCAGUGGCUGCAGCUGCUACUGCCAGAAAGAAAAAUCGCAAGAAUGGACGCUUUGUCAAGUCCAGCGACAACGCCACUGUGGACUUGAACGGCAAAAAGUCGGUAUCUUUCAUCGCCACACAGUCGGAACCUGAGGUUGCUCCUCCUGUUUCCUACAGUAGUAAUAGCAAGAGGACAUCUGCCAGGGAGCAACGAACGGCUCGUCGGAAUCGAAGUCAUCCGAUCUCGGAUACCCCUCUGGCACCCACACCCUCCCUUAACACGCAUCCGGCACCCUCACACACGAGCAAGAAGAGGCCUCCCUCUGGAUCUGGUAGUGGAGGAGGCAAAUCCUCAAAAAAACACAAGGGAGGUAGCAGCAACACGGAUGAAGAAGUUGUCAAGGUGCCCAUGUUGACUGGAACCCUCUACUUGUUCAAGGGCUUACACCGAAGGGCGGAGUUUCAUCGAAGAGUGUGAUGUUCCGGCCAAAUAUAUCAUAAAACACCCUCAUUCUUCCUUGCAGAUAGAUGGGGUUGCUACUGUUGUGGCGAGAUCACAGGCACGGUAGGUGUAGAGCUUGAUGAACAGCUCUGUCGCAGCUUCCAAUAGAUGGCACGGGAGCGUCCAAGGGCUUGUUGGUUGGUUGAUUGAUUGGGAGAGCAAAAUAGAAUCCACAUUAUGCCGUCCAAAGCUUCAUGGCGGUGGUUAAUGGGGCAGUGGAGAAGCCGUUCCUCUCGUCAUAUCGAGCUCAUGUCACAGAUGGACGAAUCCAUUGAUAGAUAGAUAUUUGCAUAAGAUACACCCGGUCAGGUCAUGAACAUCUAUCUGACGGGAUCAUCACUACCAAACCGGGGUUUGGUACGGUGAUGAUAGGAUAAUUUUGCUACUUGAAUCCUUCAAUUAUCCUCUACCGGUACCUGGCUGGGUAUGAUAACCGCGCUGUUUUGCUGCCAUGGUCCUUCAUCCUUUGGAAAACUGAAGAGGGUUGUCAGCUUCGACGCGAAGAAGGGACACAAGGAACCGUGACUCCAGCUACGUCCCGAAACUAGCUAGCUAUGGUAGCUGCUAUGCUGCACUGGCUAUCCGAUACUUGUACGGGUCGACUCGACUCAUUUGACUCAUUUUGCUGGUUCAACAGCACUGACUGCGCUUGCAUCGGUGAUGGUCAAAGACGAACAUACAUUGGCUACCACUAUCUUCGCCUGUCUCUGAAGACGCGGGGCUUCAAACAAGGUUAUCAAGUAUGAACCUCGGUUAGGUGGUUCCUCCGCAUUUUUUGCAGCUCAAAGGAGCCGAAAACACCUCGCUGGCAUUAUGGAGGGACAUAGCUGCCACAUCUAUCUAUUUGCAGGGAAGCUUGCUUCUCCCAUGUCUUUCAUUUGCGCGGAGGGACCGGCAGGUACGGGUGGGUCUGGUACCGGUAGAGGGGAGCUAUGCAUAGUUCUCCCAGACUCAUGAAAGAUUGAGUCUCAAAGAAUGUCCUCGGAGUUGGGGCAUAGGCUGCAACUAUACAGGCUGCGUACUAGUAGGCUGCCUACAUCACCAGAGUCGUGCAAGGGCGCAUUCAAAACUGAGACGCGAGGGAAACAGAUGAUGAUAGAUACAUUGCAAAUUUGCCUUGUCGACAACGGUUCGGUCUGGUGCAGCCACCAUUGUGCAGAUACAUCAUGUACUAGUAGCUAGCUAGGAGCCAACGACUCAUUGCUCUGAGCAGCCACCAAAGGAAGAGGACAAUGGUGUCCUUUUUUCGAGGCUCCGCGACGGCUACUGGUAGCUAUCUCAACUGGAAAUUGCAUUGUACAUCAUAAAACGAACUAUUUGAUACAUACAUAAUAGUAUUGCAACACCCAACCCUCACAAAAGC